GGAAGCGGAAACAUGUAGGAUAGCCUUUAGUUCCACGUGCAGCAGAAUUUUUGCCACAUUGCCAUAACCACAGUCCUGCAAUGAAGCGCCCAGGUAAGUGUAGCUGAAGUCUUUACAUUUGGCUUCUACAUUCGUUUUUCUUUAUUAAUCACAAAUAAUAUUGUCUUCGUUGUGAUUCUGUUGAAUAAAUUUACAUUGCCAGUUAGCCUGCCAACACUUAGCUAGUGACCCAUGCUGGCUAGCAUUAGCUUGCUAGCUAGCCCUAGAAUUUCAUGCAUGUGUUUAAUGUUUUUCAGGGUUAAAGAAAGCAAGUAAACGUGUGUCUUGCUCCAAACGUUAUAAAAUACAGAAAAAGGUAUUGUGACUUGCACUCUUUACUGUCAAUACUUAACUAUAUUUAGGCUACUCCUAACGGUAGCUGUUGCUGAUGUUGUCAUGAAGUAGCUAGCUAACGUUAAGUUGGCUAGUUCAUUGGUUUUAAAACCUCUCCUCCGGGGACCUCCAGACGUUUCACAAUUGUGUUGUAGCCCUGAACUAGUUCACAUGAUUUAUCUAUUCAGGGGUAUGAUGAAUAGUUGACUAACGUUAGUUGAAUAAGGUAUGCUAGCUAACUCAAUAUAUUGUUCUAAUCAGCUAUGUACUGUUAACUAUAGAUAUAUGCGCAAACAAAGUCUUGUCGUGAUUUAUGCAAUUUGUUUUUUAGGUCCGGGAACACAACAGAAAACUAAAAAAAGAAGCAAAAAAGAAAGGAGUAGGCAAAAAAGUGAAAAAGGAUAUUGGAGUUCCCAACAAAGCACCCUUCAAAGAGGAUAUUCUGAGGGAAGCAGAACAGAGGAGGUUAAAGGUAAGUUCAUGAACUGUUUUGGGGUCGUGUCUUUCAUAUUUUAGGGGGCAAAAUAAUUACGCCUAAAAUGAAUGCGUUCUCAUCUCUCUCCAACUCAGCUUGAAGAAGAAAAAGGGAAAAAGAAGCUUGCCAAGCAACAAGAACGGGCUCAGAAGAGGAAGAAGGAAAAUGCUGCCAGUAGUGAUGGAGACACCAAAGUGAAGAAAGCUAGAAAGGUAAAGGAAAAUUGGAAAAAGGUGAAGGGCAUCAAAAAUCAUGCACUCCAUGUAGCUUGACAACUCCACAUUUUAACUCCACAGGAGUUACCGUCACAGGAGGACCUUGUGAAACAGAUGGUGAAACAGAGUGACCCAAGGAAUUCAAAGAAGCACUUUUGUUCAGAAUUAAACAAGGUAGCUAAAAUGAUUCAAUCUAAAUGUCUCAGUUGGUAUUAGGUGCACAGGCAAGGAAAGUAUAGCCCUUGUCUGGCAGUUGCUGUGAAAGACAGAAGCUUUAAUAACGACAUGCUCUACCGGAGUGUCCCUAUGGAUCGAUAUUCAUUAGGCUACUCUCAUAUUUUUUCCAGGUGAUCGAUGCCUCUGACGUCAUAAUUGAAGUCCUAGACGCCAGAGAUCCCCUUGGCUGCAGAUGUCCACAGCUAGAGGAAGCUGUACUGAAGAGGGGUGGAAACAAGAAGCUACUAUUCCUGUUGAACAAAAUAGGUAAUAACCUUAUGGAUAAGUCUUUCAUGUCAAUUAUAUGUAGAUUUUGUGUUAUCUUUGUUCAAACGGUAAUGCAACUUACCAUAAACUAAAUUUUCCAAAUCCUACAGAUCUUGUCCCUAAAGAGAAUGUGGAGAAGUGGCUGCAGUGUCUUCAGCUUGAGUUCCCAGCUGUGGUGUUCAAGGCGUCCACACAACUACAGGAUAAAACAGUGGUAUGGACUAUGUACAUGCAGUGCCUAAGAUUUUAAUGGAAUUAAUUUCACUGACUAUGUGGGGGGGAAUCCAUAUUGAUGACCAACUUCAGUCACACUUGCAGAAUGUAGAAUAUUGGUAAUUACUGGGUAGACUAUUUGAAUAUUGAUCAUAAAUGCUUAUGUUUGUUAAACAGCAAGAGAAGAAGGCUAGGUUUGCAACUCUUAACGGAGUAGUAGACCAGACCAAAGGAGUGGCCUGUUAUGGCAGCAGCUGUCUUCUCCAGCUCCUGGGAGACUAUGCAAAUGGGACAGGGAGAGAGGGCUCAGUAAAAGUGGGCUUAGUCGGUAAGGAAGCUACUCCCCUCACCAUUAUUUAGACAUAAACUGCAUCUCCUUCCUUAAUUAGUAUGGCUCUCAAGUGGUGGUAUUAAAGUGUUGUGGUUAAGAAAUUAUGAUGAUUUAUGUGAACUACUGAUGUCUGUGAUGACUAAUAAUGCAACGCUGAUCUCAUCCAUAGCGAUCGCAGUGCCCUGUUGUGUACCCUAUGUCAUAUUUUGUCUGAUCCGUCUUAUGUUCUUUCAGUUUAUUUUAUCAAAUUAUAUUAUCAUACUGUAUGCACACAUUAGCCUGUCAUGCAUGUUAUGUCUGUUAUAUGACAACAAGAUGAUUAAUCUUUAAGGGUUUGUCCUGCAUAGUAUAAAUACCUGUUGUCUAUUACUUGAAUCUCUCAUGUCCUCCGCUGUCCCCUCAGGGUUCCCCAAUGUGGGGAAGAGCAGUCUGAUCAACAGCCUGAAAGGGAUGAGGGCCUGUAAUGCAGGAGUCCAGAGAGGGAUCACCAGGUGAGUGAAGCUGAACCAUUCAAGCAUUCAUGGUAGAGAUGGGGUCCAUUCUAUUCGCAGAUGGUAAGGAAUUGUAUGAAGCAUGAUGAAGUUGAAGAUCUGACAAAACUAUGGAGUCUAUAUUCAAUCCAACACUGAGCUUCAUACACCUCAUCUGGGUCUUGCCAAUUAGGGCAGAACAGUCCGAAACCCGUGGCUAUGUCUGUUUACCUGAAUUUGCUCAAUGCAUGAGUGCCAUUUGUAGCUUACCACCUAACACACCUCAUGUCUGACUCUUGCAGGUGCUUUCAAGAUGUCCACAUCUCUAAAAAUGUCAAGAUGAUUGACAGCCCUGGGGUAGUGGCGGCCCAGUCUAACCCAAAAGCUGCCAUGGCGCUGAGGAGUCUCCAGGUGGAGGACAAGCAGGAGACUGUUCUAGAGGCCGUCAGGACCCUGCUCAAACAGUGCAACAAGCAACAGGUGAGAGUGGGGAGAUCACUGGUGUGUGGAAAUGUUACUGCCAAGUUUGAGAUCAAGCCCUAGGUCUGCUGAGCCUACUAAUAGUUAAUCCUGGACUUUGUCUUUCAGGUAAUGCUUCAGUACAAUGUUCCAGACUUCAGAAACUCUUUGGAGUUUUUAUCAUUUUUUGCCAAGAAACGAGGAUUUCUGCAGAAAGGUGGAGUCCCCAACACAGAGCUGGCUGCCUCUACCUUCCUCAAUGAUUGGACAGGGUGAGUGUUGUCAUCGUCACAAUUUGUCACCAAUCAAAUUAAAGUAGGGUCAGGCUAGCAUGGAAAUGAGGAUAAUUAACGCAAUUCUUGAGUUAAAGUGAAGACUUCUAAUCCAACUCUGAUCCCUCUGCUGAGCCAGACUGAGUACUUCGCCUGGAAACUAGAAUGAAAUGUAUUUUUUGUAAAUACUUGGGUUUUUUUUAACCUACAGGGCAAAGCUGAGUUACCACUGCAAAGCCCCUGAGAAGCCAAGCCUUCCCACAUACCUCUCUGAAGACAUUGUAACAGAGAUGCAGAAGGGCUGGGACUUGGACAAGCUGAGGAAGAGCAAUGAGGAGACUUUAAGAAGUGUGUUAAUUUAGUAUUUUCUCUAAUAGAAGAAUUCUCAUUAUACAUUUGUCAUUUAGCAGGCGCUCUUAUCCAUAGCGACUUACCAGAGUAAUUAGGCUUAGGUGCCUUGCUGAAGGGCAUAUUGGCAUAUUGUUCAUGUAGUCGGCUCGAGGAUUCAAACCAGCGACCUUACGGUUACUGGCCCAACACUCUUAACCACUAGGCUACCUGCUGCCCAGUAAUGAAUGAGUCUGUGUUGAUGUACACCAGUGUUUCUCAACUCCGGUCCUUGAGUACCUCGUGCAGGACACAUUUUUGUUGUAGCCCCGGAUAAAAACACCUGAUUCAACUUGUCAAGGGCUUGAUGAUUAGUUGACAAGUAGAAUCGGGUGUGCUUGUCCAGGACGUCUGCUAAAUGAUGUAAAUGUACUGUUGGGGGUACUGGAGGACCAGAGUUGGGAAACCCUGAUGUACACUGAGUUUACAAAACAUUAGGAACACUUAAUGUUUCCAUGAGACUGAUCGGGUGAAAGCUAUGAUCCCUAAUUGAUAUCACUUGCUAGAUCCACUUCAAUCAUUGUAGAUGAAGGGGAGGAGACAGGUUAAAGAAGGAUGUUUAUGCCUUGAGACAAUUGAGACAUGGAUUGCCAUUGAGGGUGAAGGGGCAAGACAAAAUAUUUAAAUGCUUUUGAACGGGGUAUGAUAGUAGGUGCCAGGUGCACCGAUUUGAGUGUUAACUGCAAUGCUGCUGGGUUUUUCACGCUCAAGUUUCCCGUGUGUAUCAAGAAUGGUCCACCACCCAAAGGAUAUCCAACCAACUUGACACAAUGGUGGGAAGCAUUGGAGUCAACAUGGGCCAGCAUCCCUGUGGAUCGCUUUCGACACCUUGUAGAGUCCAUGCCCCGACAAAUUGAAGCUGUUCUGAGGGCAAAAGGAUUCAACUCAUUAUUAGGACGGUGUUCCUAAUGUUUUGUGCACUCAGUGUAUGUGAUGACUGACCUACUCGCCCCUAGGUGUAAAGUUCCCAAACCAGGCCAGCAGCAUUGUCCUUCUGUCUAAAGGCCCCACCGCCGGAGUGCUGAGUGACAGUGACGUGGUUGAGGACAAACCUGCUCAAGGGCCCACUGAGGAAGAAGAGGAGAUGGAGGGUAGCUGUGCGAACCAAGAGGUAGCUGAAAAUCUUUACGCUUCUUAUUUAUCACCUGAUAAAUCGGAUAAAAGUAGGAUCAGUCUGUGCUAGCAUGGAAAUGAAGACGAAUAAUGCAAGUCUUGAGUUAAAGUGAAAACUUCUAAUCCAACUCUGAUCCCACUGCUGAGCCGAGUGCCUUGUCUGGAAUUUACAAUCAAAUACACUUUUUUUUAUUUUUUUAAAUAAAAUGUCUAAACCACUUGUCUUUUUAGGGCAAAUCUGAGCUAUUACUGCAAAGAAAUAAAGGCCUUUGUAAUACAAUAUCUUCCUCUUAAUUUCAGGCUGAUGGGGUUGAAGAGGUGUCUGAUGCAGAUGAAACGGAUGAACCACAGAUAAAGACACCAGUCACAAGUAAAUCACUAUUAAAGAGACCAGCUUAAUUCCUGUUAUGUUCCUAAUUAAUAUAUAGGAUCAGUCUGUGUGGAGAUGAGGACAAUAAAGCAAGUCUGAAUUUAAGUGAAGACUUCUAAUCCAACUCUGAUCCCACUGCUGAGCCAGACUGAGAACCUUGCUUGGAAUCUAGAAUUAAAUGGAUAUAUAUUUUUUCUUCAGGGAAUAGCUUCAUUCCUGUUACAUUUGCAAACAAGUGUGUUGUCAACAUCACUUAACAAAUUAUUUCUCCUCUGCAGAAGAACCAGCCAAAGUGAGGUUCCAGGUUCCUGUCCCAGUCAACAUUGACCUCUCCUCAGUCCAGACAAAUGAUGCCUAUGACUUCAACACAGAUUUUAAAUGAAUGUCUGUCCUUCUGGCUGUCUUUAGACUGGCAGCCCAAUUCUGAUUUUGUUUUUCACUAAUUGGUUUUCUGACCAAUCAGAUCAGCUCUGAAA